AUUUUCUUGUUUCUUAGUUUCUCAUGAUGGAAGUCGAUCACCAGCAGCAGCAGCAGCAGCAGCAGCAGCAGCAAUCGAGCAUCCCACCGAGCCAGACGCUCUACGUGAACAAUCUCAACGAGAAGCUCAAGAAGGAAGAGCUCCGCGCUGCGCUGUAUACAAUCUUCACCCAGUUCGGCCCCGUCCUCGACAUUGUCGCGCUCAAGACGCUCAAGAUGCGCGGACAGGCGUUCAUUGUCUUCCACGAUAUCACAAGCUCAGCCAACGCACUCCGCUCGCUCCAAGGAUUCAGCUUUUACGGAAAGCCGAUGAGAAUCACAUUCGCCAAGUCCCGAUCAUACGCCGUUGGCCGAUUCAACGGAGAGCCAGACUCGCACGUCCGUCGCCCAUUCAUCCCCAAAAACCAGCGGCCGAAGGGCGAGAAGCAGCCCGGCAAGCGCAACCCGAACGGCGCAGCCGCUGCAUCGUCCAACGGCGACGCGCAGGCCAUGAACACUGAGGCGCCCGCCGCCGCAGGAAACCACGCCCCGAUGCUCCAGCAACAGCAGCCAGGGUUUGGCUUCAGCCAAGCACCCGAGAUCCCACACAACAUCUUGUUUGUGCAAAACCUGCCCCAAGGAAUCACGCAAGACGACAUUUUCAACCUUUUCCGAGGGUAUACCGCUGGCUCGUGCGACGUCCGCCUUGUGCCAAACCGCGCAGAUAUUGCCUUCGUCGAGUACGAGAACGAAGGUAUUGCUGCCAACGCAAAGGCAACACUGCACGGUUACAAGAUGGGCGACAACAACCUGAGCGUCACAUUCUCCAAGAAGUAAAAAGCGUUUUCCAUCGUGUGUGCGCACGUUGUUUUUGUUGUUGUUUUUGCGCGUCAUUUUUAGUAAUGUGUAUGUGUUGUGAACAUGCCUCUUGUGUUUGCGUGCUUUGUUUGUCGUUUUCAAUAACACUAAAAAGUUCUAGUUUGA